GAAUCCUUUUGUACUUUCUCUCUGUCUCUAUUCUCACCCCUGUUUGCCACCCACCCACCAACCAAAUCAGCAAAAAGGGGAGAAAUUUUGCUUUUUUAUAUUUUUGCUCAUGCGGCAGAGCGAGAACGAACGCCAACAAGCGUGUGUAAAGUGCCUCCCCAGCACGUGCUUCGGCAAUUCUGUAGACGGGCGCCUCCACCGUGAAAAACUUAGACCGGGACAAGGAUAGAACGAGCCAGCGGAGAGAGCAAUAAUGACAGGAAAAAAAACACUCGGUUCAACGAAAGCUUCGGCUUUCACCUUCUUCGGAGACGAAAGGAAAAUUCAUGCAAUAAUUCGAUGCCAAACGUGGUGCUGUUGCCAGCGCGCUCGACUGUCUCUAAAAGUGAUCCAAGGAAGCAAGUCUGCUACUAAUCUGUGAAUUGUUGCAGUUUUUGUUUUGUUUGUUUGUUCGUUAGUUUGUUUAUAGUGUGCGGAUUCGAUGGCAGUAUAGUUGAAGGGAAAGAAAAUGUGCGUUCUACAAUGCAAGGGAUAAAAGAUGAUGUACCGCAUGUAUGUAAGAGUCGCCCUGUCAGCCCGUAAAAAAGUGAACAUCCGGAAGUUGAAAGGAUCUUCCACACAAUGCCAGACGGAAAGAAAUGAACAAAUAUCAUCAAUCGUAUGUAGCCUUCAUGUAACAAAGCAUCGGAUAUAAAGCCAAACCUUAGUGCAAAAGAGCAGCCAGCGUAGCCUACAAGGAAAAACCCAUCGGUGGAAAAACAUGGCAGAAGAUUUAUCGAUCAAUAAAAAUAAGAUAUUUACCCAACGGUACGGCAACAGUAAUAACGAUAUUUGUCGGUUAUGUUUAAAAAAUGAAGCCCACAUGGAACCGCUGUUCUACUCCAACCUUUUCCCCAACAUUUUACUCACGAAAAAGAUAUACGAUUGCACAUCAAUACAGAUAAUCUACGAACGUAACUUGCCAAUGUUUGUGUGCAAGCUUUGCGCAAAUAAGCUGGACGAAUAUGUACGAUUUCGCGACCGUUGCAUAGCAAAUGAUGAAUUUUUACGCAACGCUCUGGCGGCAUUCGAUGCCAACGGUGGAAGCUGUUCGAGUGCGAUAAAAAUGGAACCGGAAGACACACCACCUCCUUCCUUGCCACCACCUGCUCCAGCAACGGCCAAAUUCGCCCAAUGUCUUGCGGUUACACCGAUGGAGCUGAACUGUGCCCUUGUUGCGGCUGCUGCUGCCGCUGCAGGUCAUCAGAGUAGCAAACGAGAACCACCGGAUGUGGAGGAAAACCAUGGCAGGUAUGGUCACGGAUCUGGUGCGGCAUCCCCCGAUCGGUCCAGCUGUGGUGGACGGCUGACGACCGAUGAGUUGCCCACACUCAAACAAACACACGAGGAUCACUAUCGAAGUGGUGAUGAGGAUGAGGAGCUACCUGCCGACGAUGCCUACGGCGAACCCAACCAAACCGAUGCCAAACAGUAUGUGUGUGAAGUGUGUUCGAAAUCUUUCAAAAUACGCCACCAUUUGCUAGUGCACAGGCACACGCACGUAGACAAUCAUGCGCCACCGAUCAACGGUUUGCUGCACGAAGGAACCGACUUUAACGGCACCGUUACCGGUAGCGGGAAACAGUCGUACAAUUGUCCGAAAUGCGCCAAAGUGUUCGUCAACAAGGGCAAUCUGCUGAAUCACCUCGAGACGCAUACGAACGAGAAAAGCUACGCGUGUGAUAUUUGCACGAAAACGUUUAAAUACAAUGUGCAGCUUCGGUUGCAUAUGCGCAUCCACACCGGUGAGCGACCGCACAAAUGUGAGAUUUGUAACCGUGGAUUUUCGCAACUUUCGAACCUGCGAUCUCACCGAAAAACUCACUCUAAAGUCAAACCGUACAAAUGCCAUUUAUGCCUCAAAAGCUUCACCAUGCUGGACAACCUUACGGCACACAGUGCAAAGUGUCUAAAGGACAAGUUCCGCUGCACGCUCUGUUCGAAAUCGUUCGCCAAAGAGGGUAACCUUCUGUCACAUCUGCAGUCCCACAGCGAUGGCAUCGUGGAGAAAAUGUUCAAGUGCGAAAUGUGCCCGAAAAGCUUCAAAAACAAGGAAGACUGGAAGCGGCACGUGCGGGUGCACACGGGCGAAAAACCGUACACCUGCGAUAUCUGCUCGAAAGGCUUUGCCCAAAAGGCGAAUCUGCUGUCCCACCGGAAGACACACCUCAAGCCAAACGUUAUUUACAAAUGUGAGCGUUGUGCGCGAACGUUUCGCUCGCAGAAAGUUCUCCAAAUGCACGUACCGAAGUGUGUCGGUGUUGGUGUGGUUGAUGGAGCAAGUGUUCCUUCCGCACCGGUCACACCGGUAUCUGAAUCGAUUCCGGGCUCACCGAGUCCUGCUGGAACAGGUGUCCCGCUGUCAACCGCGACGUCUGAUACCGUGGCGAUGGCCAACAGCACACCAACACUGUCGGAAGCUCUGUCCGAUUUGUUGCGGUACGAAAUAGCGCUAAGAGCGCCAUUGGAACUGCAGCAAAUGCUUCUCGGGCAUAUCGAUCGCAAGAAGCCACCGAAUGGAACUGGCGGAAAAGCGACUGGACGACGUUAUAGAUGCGAUGUAUGUUUCAAGGGCUACUCCCAGUAUCCUUCGCUGAUCAAACAUCGGAAGCUACACUUUAAGGUACCUCCACUGGUAAAGGUCCUGGCGGGAAAGGGCCGGCAUGCGGACUACGAGGAGCACGAUGACCGAGCGGGCUUUGACGAUGAGCCCGAUGGAUUGGAACACCGGGGAACGACACCGGAGCCGCACGAUCCGAUCGAGCGGCCCUACAGCUGUGAUAUAUGCGGCGGAAGAUUUGAAGCAGCAUCUGCACACCCACCCGACCGAUGCCGGCAGGAGCUUCAGCUGCGAGUACUGCUCGAACCGAUUCCGGUCGAACGAGGACCUGAAGCGGCACCGGCGAUCGCACACCGGCGAGCGACCCUUCCGUUGCCCACACUGCCCGAAAGCGUUUACCCAGCAAUCGAACCUGCGGGCCCACACGAGGAUCCACGAGCGCUAGGUGACGGAGUGCAGCAACAGGUGAUGCCAGCCCGAUCAGCAUCUUCCCCGGAACCGGGUAGUAGAAAGAUGCUUCAACCUGUGCCAUUGGGCGAACCGACCUGCGUAACAUAACGGUUUGAUCCUCCCUAGAGGGAAUUAGGAACUUUUUUGGAUGCCUGGUAGGCACGUAGCAGUAUUACAUUAAGUUUCGUUUCUAUUUUUAAAUGGUCCAGUUAAUUACCCAUUGUUUUCUCUCCUAUUGGAUUGUGUGUUGUGUUAAUCAAUGUGUUUUGCCCGAACAAUGUGCAAUUGUGAUUAUUAUAGCCAGUAGAAGAAAUAAAUGUUGUUUCGUGUAUCUGUCUGGUGUACUGAAACCAGCACCGUUAA